CUCGCCGCGGACCCAAGAUGGCGGCGUGUGGACGUGUACGGAGGAUGUUCCGCUUGUCGGCGGCGCUGCAGCUGCUGCUCCUCGCCGCGGCCGGGGCCCGGAAACUCCACAGCCAGGGCCCGGGCCCGGGGAAUAACCUUGGGUCCUUCGGAGGACAGGCGGGAGGCGGCGGGCAGGCUCAGCCGCUGCUCCAGAUCCCUCAGUCCUCUCAGCACCAGCUCCAGCAGCUCCAGCAGCAGCAGCAGCAGCAGCCCCAGCAGCAGCAGCCGCCGCAGCAGCAACAGCAGCAGCAGCAGCAGCAGCAGCAGCCGCCUCAGCCUCCUCAGCCGCCGUUCCCGGCGGGCGGGCCUGUGGGCCGGCGGGGCGGAGCGGGGGCCAGCGGGGGCUGGAAGCUGGCGGAGGAAGAGUUCUGCAGGGAGGACGUGACCCGCGUGUGCCCCCGGCACACCUGGAGCAACAACCUGGCGGUGCUCGAGUGCCUGCAGGACGUGCGGGAGCCUGAAAAUGAAAUUUCAUCAGACUGCAAUCAUUUGUUGUGGAAUUACAAGCUGAACCUAACGACAGAUCCCAAAUUUGAGUCUGUGGCCAGAGAGGUUUGCAAAUCCACAAUAUCAGAGAUUAAAGAAUGUAGCGAUGAACCUGUUGGAAAAGGUUACUUGGUUUCCUGCCUGGUGGAUCACCGAGGCAACAUCACUGAGUACCAGUGUCACCAGUACAUUACCAAGAUGACGGCCAUCAUUUUCAGCGAUUACCGUCUCAUCUGUGGCUUUAUGGAUAAUUGCAAAAAUGACAUCAACAUUCUGAAGUGUGGCAGCAUUCGGCUGGGAGAAAAGGAUGCACAUUCGCAGGGUGAGGUGGUCUCCUGCCUGGAGAAAGGCCUGGUCAAGGAGGCGGAAGAAAGAGACCCCAAGAUUCAGGUCUCUGAGCUCUGCAAGAAAGCCAUCCUGCGGGUAGCCGAGCUGUCCUCGGACGACUUCCAUUUAGACCGGCAUUUAUACUUUGCUUGCAGAGAUGAUCGAGAGCGCUUCUGUGAAAAUACACAAGCUGGUGAAGGCAGAGUCUAUAAGUGCCUGUUUAAUCAUAAAUUUGAAGAAUCCAUGAGUGAAAAAUGUCGAGAAGCACUGACAACCCGACAGAAGCUGAUUGCCCAGGACUAUAAAGUCAGCUACUCACUGGCCAAAUCCUGUAAGAGUGACUUGAAGAAGUACCGGUGCAAUGUGGAAAACCUUCCUCGUUCCCGGGAAGCCAGGCUCUCCUACCUGCUCAUGUGUCUGGAGUCAGCUGUGCAUCGAGGGCGCCAGGUGAGCAGUGAGUGCCAGGGGGAGAUGUUGGAUUACCGGCGCAUGCUCAUGGAGGACUUUUCCCUGAGCCCUGAGAUCAUCCUGAGCUGCCGGGCGGAGAUUGAACACCACUGCUCCGGAUUACAUCGGAAAGGCCGCACCCUGCACUGUCUGAUGAAAGUGGUUCGCGGAGAGAAGGGGAACCUGGGAAUCAACUGCCAACAGGCGCUUCAAACGCUGAUUCAGGAGACUGACCCGGGUGCCGAUUACCGCAUUGACAGAGCUUUGAACGAAGCCUGCGAGUCUGUGAUUCAGACAGCCUGCAAACACAUACGCUCAGGAGACCCAAUGAUCCUCUCCUGCCUGAUGGAGCAUUUAUACACAGAGAAGAUGGUGGAGGAUUGUGAGCACCGUCUCUUAGAGCUGCAAUAUUUCAUCUCCCGAGAUUGGAAGCUGGACCCUGUCUUAUACCGCAAGUGCCAGGGAGAUGCAUCUCGACUCUGCCACACCCAUGGCUGGAAUGAAACCAGUGAGCUCAUGCCCCCAGGAGCUGUGUUUUCUUGCUUAUAUCGACAUGCCUACCGCACCGAGGAGCAGGGAAGGAGGCUCUCCCGGGAGUGCAGAGCUGAAGUCCAAAGGAUACUGCACCAACGUGCCAUGGAUGUCAAGCUGGACCCUGCCCUCCAGGAUAAGUGCCUGAUUGAUCUUGGGAAAUGGUGCAGUGAGAAAACAGAGACUGGACAGGAGCUCGAGUGCCUCCAGGAUCACCUCGACGACCUGGCCGUGGAGUGCAGGGACAUCGUCGGCAACCUCACCGAGCUCGAGUCCGAGGAUAUUCAGAUAGAAGCCUUACUGAUGAGAGCCUGCGAGCCCAUCAUCCAGAAUUUCUGCCACGACGUGGCUGAUAACCAGAUCGACUCUGGGGACCUGAUGGAGUGUCUGAUACAGAACAAGCACCAGAAGGACAUGAACGAGAAGUGCGCCAUCGGGGUCACUCACUUCCAGCUGGUGCAGAUGAAGGAUUUCCGGUUCUCUUACAAGUUUAAGAUGGCCUGCAAGGAGGACGUGUUGAAACUUUGCCCCAACAUAAAAAAGAAGGUGGACGUGGUCAUCUGCCUGAGCACGACCGUGCGCAACGACACGCUGCAGGAGGCCAAGGAGCACCGGGUGUCCCUGAAGUGCCGGAAGCAGCUGCGGGUGGAGGAGCUGGAGAUGACAGAGGACAUCCGUCUAGAACCUGACCUGUACGAAGCCUGCAAGAGUGAUAUCAAGAACUACUGUGCUGCUGUGCAGUACGGCAACGCUCAGAUCAUUGAAUGUCUGAAGGAGAACAAGAAGCAGCUCAGCGCCCGUUGCCACCAGAAAGUUUUUAAGCUGCAGGAGACCGAGAUGAUGGACCCGGAACUAGACUAUACGCUCAUGAGAGUCUGCAAGCAGAUGAUAAAGAGAUUUUGUCCAGAAGCAGAUUCCAAAAACAUGUUGCAGUGCUUAAAACAAAAUAAAAAUAGCGAACUGAUGGAUCCCAAGUGUAAGCAGAUGAUAACCAAGCGCCAGAUCACCCAGAACACAGAUUACCGCUUAAACCCUGUGCUGAGGAAAGCCUGUAAAGCUGACAUCCCUAAGUUCUGUCAUGGUAUCCUGACUAAGGCCAAGGACGACUCGGAGCUCGAAGGUCAAGUCAUCUCUUGUCUCAAGCUGAGAUAUGCAGACCAGCGGCUCUCUUCAGACUGUGAGGACCAGAUCCGGGUCAUUAUCCAGGAGUCUGCACUCGAUUACCGACUAGACCCUCAGCUCCAGCUGCACUGCUCAGAUGAGAUCUCCAAUCUCUGUGCCGAAGAGGCGGCCGCCCAGGAGCAGACGGGGCAGGUGGAGGAGUGCCUCAAGGUCAACCUGCUGAAGAUCAAGACGGAGAUCUGUAAAAAGGAGGUGCUGAACAUGCUCAAGGAGAGCAAGGCCGACAUCUUCGUGGACCCCGUCCUGCACACGGCGUGCGCCCUGGACAUCAAGCACCACUGCGCCGCCAUCACCCCUGGCCGCGGCCGCCAAAUGUCUUGUCUCAUGGAGGCACUGGAGGAUAAGCGGGUGAGGUUACAGCCGGAGUGCAAGAAACGCCUCAAUGACCGGAUCGAGAUGUGGAGCUACGCGGCAAAGGUGGCACCCGCUGAUGGCUUCUCCGACCUCGCCAUGCAAGUGAUGACGUCACCGUCCAAGAACUACAUCCUCUCCGUCAUCAGCGGCAGCAUCUGCAUCUUGUUCCUGGUCGGCCUCAUGUGCGGACGCAUCACCAAGCGGGUGACACGCGAGCUCAAAGACAGGUAGAGCCAGAGCCACCUUGACCGCCAGAAGAGCGACCUGUCCAGAGCCCCGUUUGUACAGCCCUCCUGUAUAGUGUCCCCACUCACCUCCUUCCGAGAGGCGCCACCAACGCCCCGCUAGAGCAGCAGGGCCCCACUGCGCUGUCCCGACGCCGACCUGCCCGUGUCCAAGGCGUCCGCCGCAGCAGCUGGCCGCUUUGGCUCUUUCGCCUUCGCCGGCAGACGUGGGUCGGCUUGCCCAUAGACAAGGCUCUCCGAACCAACGCAUCUGACCUGCAACUCGAUUUCAGACAAACAGAAACACGACAAAAAGGAAAGAAAAAUUUUUUUGAGAAAGAAAGAAAGAAAAAAAUGUAUAUAGUAUCACAUCUUCUCCAGGCUUGUGUGGGGCAGUGGGGUUCUUUCUUCUGUGUGACUCUGUACUCCAAAGGCAGGACUUCGGGGAGACCACCUCAGUAUGCAGUGACAGGGUUGCCACGCCCGUUUCUCAGAAGCAACUGGGGGCCAGGAGGACUGCGGGCUGCUCCGAGUAGCGGGAAACCACUGGCCAGCUUCGGGUCCCGUUUGUUUCCGCCAGCACAGCGGUGCCCUCCGCAUCCCGCCUGCUCAUGCCCCAAGGCCUCCUCACCUCAGUGAUGUCCAGCAUGCGCCUCCCCCGUCCACCCGGGCAGGGCUGGGAGGGUCAGGAGUGUGGGCGCCUGGUCGGCAGGACUCCAGCCGCUCCUGGUCCAGGCCGGGGCACUGGCGCCGGGACUCGUCCUCUUGGGAGCACUGGGAACAGACGGCAGAGACUGGGGGACAGGCCGGCAACCCCGUGUCCCGGUACUGGACAGGCUCCUUUGUACCUCAGCCCGGAGCGGGCGCGGAAAGUUGUCACAUUAAAAGAUGGAGGCGUCUCCAUUCUC